AUGGACCCUAACCUGGAGCUCUAUAAGAGCGUAUUGCAUCUUGAAGUAAUAGAAUGCACGCCACUGAAAUACGCCCUGCUUGGCCGAACGACCUACUCUUAUGACGAGGACAAGAUGGUAUCACGCAUUAUAAAUAAUGUCGCAAGCAGUCAGAUCUUGGUUGAUACGAUUGCAUGCUUUGAUCAAGUCACUAAGCCUUUCCGCUUAGACGCUUUAAAACUAGUAUACUGCGAUAUUUACUACGUCGAUGGAGGCAAUGCUACACUACAGGAGAUCUUCGAAGUACGCCUCCAAGAAGAGGAACUUCAAACACCUGCUGAGCAAGCCAGAGAGCUUGUGUGA